ACAUCGGAAACUGACUUUUUUUAACUGAACGGACACCAAAAUUUACAGAAAACUUAUUCUCUAUCAAAAUAAUUCAUUAUCAGCUUAUCAAGCUUACAUUUUUCAAUCAAUGAUUCACUAGAACAAUGCUAGGAGCAGGAACGCUAAAAAUCAUCAUACAAAGCGAGUAAUUAUUUUUCAAAGUUAAUUGAGAACAACAAAGGUGUGAUGGGUCAGACUUUAAGCGAGCCUGUAACAAAUAAAGAGACAGCGAUUUGUCAAGAUGAUUUUUACAAGGUCGGUAGUUCAUGUAUGCAAGGAUGGCGAACGUCCAUGGAAGACAGUCACACACAUAUUCUUUCACUUCCGGAUGACCCAGGUACAUCAUGGUUUAGCGUUUUCGAUGGUCAUGGUGGAUCGAUUGUUGCAAAGUAUGCCAGCAAACACCUUCAUAAGUUCGUUAUUCAAAGACCAGAGUUUCCCAAUGACAUACCUGAAGCUUUAAAACAAGGAUUCCUUGAAUGUGAUACUGCGAUGUAUAAUGAUGUAGCUAUAAAAGAGCAGAUGGCAGGUUCAACAGCAAUCACAGUCCUCAUAAGAGACAAUAAGAUUUAUUGCGCUAAUGCUGGCGAUUCCCGCGCAAUCGGAAGUCGAAAUGGAACGUUGGUUGCACUGAGUAGCGAUCACAAGCCCAAUAAUCCCGAGGAAAUGGAUCGGAUAUUCAAUGCUGGUGGAUGGGUUGAGUUUAAUCGUGUGAAUGGAAAUCUCGCAUUGUCACGUGCACUUGGUGAUUUUCUUUUUAAACGUAAUCAAACAAUCCCAGCGGAAAAACAGAUCGUUACAGCUUAUCCUGAGGUGUCAGUUCACGAUUUAACAGAGGAAUGGGAUUUUCUGGUGCUUGCUUGCGAUGGCAUUUGGGAUGUUCUUACAAAUCAAGCCGUAAUCAACUUUGUAACCGAAAUGAUUGGUGAAGGGAAAUAUCCAGAAAGUAUCUGUGAAGAGUUACUUGGUUAUUGCCUGGCUCCCGUUUGUCAUAUGGGUGGUCUAGGUGGUGAUAACAUGUCGAUAAUUAUUGUCUGUUUACUGCAUGGAAAACCAUGGGAAAAUCUUGUGGAGAAGUGCAAGAAAAUUCAUUCAAAUAAACGUGCAUCGACGAAAUUAAGCGACCCAGCAUUUACAAACUUUGAUCGCUUUACUGCAGAAGGUCCGUUUGCUGAAGUUUCUGUUCUUAAAGCUGCCGAUGAUAUUCACAACUCCAAAGACAGCGUAAGUUCUUCAUCACAUACAUCAUCAUCAUCAUCCUCGCCGAUCUCAACAGAUGAGAAAUUCGAAACAAUGGUUCUUGGACCAGACAAUUCAGAAGAUAAUUCGAAAGAAACAGCAGCUACAACCAUUGAACAAUUCGGUGGUGAAAAGAGAGUGGAAGAAAAUGUUGUUAAAUCGGAAAAUGAAUCAACGGAAUUGAAAGAAAUCACGAAAAAUGAAGCAGAUGAAGAGAGUAAAGCAAAAGUAAACAACGACUUAGAUAAUGGCGAGACAUCAUCAACAACUUCUGAUGCACCAAAAGCUUCGAUUGUGAGUAAUGGUGAAUAAAUUGUUUCAUUUAAUGACCGUCUUUUACCGAAUACGAGACAACGUUUGGGAGUAUGUCGAAAUGUAUUUUUGAUAAUUUUACCAAAUGAAACGAAUUUGUUUUGUCUCUUUAUGACUUAUUACAAUUGCAAAUCAACAUCAAUAAUGUGUUCUAUUCGCUAAAUGACGGUUUAGAAGAAAAAGUUAAAUCCGUUGAUAUUCUUAAAAAAAAAAACAUUCAAAUGAAAACCCACAAGGUUUGUUGUUGUUGUAAAGUUUACUGAAAACAAACAAUCGAAACGCUUAAAAUCGUUGACUUAUUAAUUCUUUGUCGUUAAUAAUUUCCCAUUCCCCUCCAGUUGUCUUACUUGUUAAAAAUCAUGUCGCGUUUUUUUUUCUUCAAAACUUUAUUUUCUCGUGUUAACAAUUUGUUAAUAAGAAAUUCUCUCCUUUUUAGUGCUUAUUUAAGAGUGCAUUGUAAAGCAUAAAAAAGAAAUAAAAGAUAGAAAUGUCGUGCACCAUCAUAGGACAAUGAGCCUUUGGCAGCUUUAAUUGAUUUUUUACUCAUGCAACACUUGUAAAGAAAUUUAUGAAAACGACGACAAUAUUUUCAGAAAACAAGUUACAACUCUUAAUUAAUUAAUGAUACGAUGACUUGUCAAUUAAUUGCGUUUCAAUUGUGAACGUAAUUUAUAGACGAUUCUUCUUUCUAUUUCGUUGAGCUUAAAUGAAAAGAAAUUUGGUUUAUUAAUGAAACAUUUCGAACUUUCGGGUUUUUUCUUUUUUAUAUCAAAGUCCAGGUCAGUUCACUUUCAGUAUCGUUAGACGUAGUAUGUGAGAAAGUAUGGUAAACAUAAAGCAUAAUAACAUAAAGUAAAGGAAUAAAGAAAGUUAUUGGUAAU